AUCAGUUUACAUGGCAAUGCACCCAUUUUACUGGCUUCAUACACAGAUCUCCCAGAUGUAAGACAGACGCAACACAGGACUCAAACUAACUACAACUGCAAAACUAUUCAUCAACACUGUGGUAAGAAAGCUGCUGACUAAACCAGGCUGAGUUUUCACAUUGAAAGUAACCUCUUCACUCCAAAUGCCAUUAGGGAGUGAGAAAAUGGCCUCCCAGGCGUCUGUCCCAGAGAAGGAUCUCCCCUGUCCUGUGUGCUCUGAAAUCCUCAAGGAACCUGUUCUCCUGUCCUGUGGCCAUAGCUGCUGUAUAGCCUGUCUGGAGUCCUACUGGAAAUGGAUGGAAUCAUGGGAAUGUCCAGUGUGCAGCAUAAAAUGCUAUAAGGAUUCGAUGGCUCUGAAGAACCUGUGUAUGCUGAGUGAGAAUGUUUCAGCUAAACAUGUCUGCAGUCUGCAUAGCAAGCAACUCACACUGUUCUGUCUGGAGCAUGAAGAGCCUGUCUGUUCGGUGUGUGAGGGUUCAAGUAAACAUAACACACAUGAAUGUAUCCCAGUAGAUGAGGCUGCUCUGGAUCGCAAGGAAGAGCUCUUAGAGACAGGCCUGAAACCCUUAGAGGAGCAGCUGGAGGGAUUUAAACAAGUCAAACAAAGCUUUGAAGAAACAGCAGAGCUUAUUAAGAGCCAGGCCCAGAAGACAGAAAAUCAGAUUCAGGAGGACUUCGAGAAACUUCACCAGUUUCUACGAUAUGAAGAGGCAGCCAGGAUGGCUGUCCUGAGGGAGGAAGAGGAGGAGAAGAGUCGGAGGAUGAAGAAGAUGAUUGAUGAUAUGAACAGAGAGAUAGCAGCCAUUUUAGACACAACGAGAGCCAUAAAGAAGGACCUGGUAUCUGAUGACAUCUCAUUCCUGCAGAACUACAAGGACACGUUAAAAAGAGCCCAGUGCACAAGCCCAGAUCCAGAGCUUGUUUCUGGAGCGCUGAUCAAUGUGGCAAAGCACCUGGGAAACCUGCAGGUCAGAGUUUUGGAGAAGAUGCUGAAGUCUGUUCAAUACACGCCUGUGAUUCUGGACCCCAACACUGCCCAUCCAUGUCUCAUCCUGUCUGACGAUCUGACCAGUAUGAGAUUCAGUGAUGAGAUACAGCUGCUUCCUGACAACCCAGAGAGGUUUGAUAACUAUCGAAUGGUCCUGGGCUCUGAGGGCUUUGACUCUGGGACACACAGUUGGGAUACAGACGUCAGGGACAAUACAAUAUGGUUUGUAGGUGUAGUCUAUAAGUCUGUCCAGAGGAAGGGAGUGGUACAGACUGGACUCUGGCGUGUAGGCUAUUUUAAUGAUAAAUACUGGGCACGUUGUCCAAAAGGGCCACAGACUGUCCUGACACUGGAAAAUAAACCCCAUCGGAUCAGAGUGCAGCUGGACUGGAACAGAGAUACACUGUCCUUUUACGACCUUGAUAAUAACACACACAUACACACGUUCACACAGACUUUUACAGAGAGAUUGUUUCCAUACAUCAACAUUGGCAGUAAUCUCUACGCUGCUAGGAUCUUACCAGGGAAAGUCUCUGUAACAGUGGAACAGCACAUGAUACCUCCCCAUGCUAGCCCUUCUUCCUUUUAACUUGAUCAGUUGUUGUGGUACGCUGACGCAACGGAAGCCACCACUACCUCCGUCAUUUAGAUUUGUUCAACAGGAUUCAAUUAUGAAUUGUAUUAUCAUAGGAAUUAUUACAUGUUAACAACAGAAACUACUGGAUUGAAACAAAUCACAAAUCUUUGCUGAUCUAAUAAAAACAAUUGAUU